AUGGCGAUCGUUCCCAACACUCUGUCAAUUCACCGGGCUGCUGUCUACGACAAACCUGGUGAGCUCAGCACCAAGGUGGUAGACAUUAAGACUCCCAGCCCAUCUGCAGGAGAGGUGUUGGUGAAACUCUCUCAUUCCGGUGUCUGCCACUCAGACCUUUCUAUCAUGAAGAACUCUUGGGGAAUGCCUUUUUCGCUUCCUGACACUCAAAUUGGCGGCCACGAGGGUGUUGGAACAGUUGUUCAGGUUGGAGAGGGCGCAGAUAUACACGGCUUCGUGAUUGGGAACCGAGUCGGAGUGAAAUGGCUAAGGGAUAUCUGCGGUAGCUGCGUUUACUGCAUCGCUGGGGAGGAUGGCCUCUGUGCCAAACAGUCUGUGUCUGGCAUGUUCAACCCCGGGACAUUCCAGCAAUAUCUCACUGUACCAGCUCGAUAUCUGACACCCAUUCCUGAUGGAGUGAGCUCCGAAGUAGCUGCACCAAUGCUUUGCGCAGGAUUGACCUCAUACGCGGCAUUACGCAAAGUGAACGCCAGUCCAGGCGAUUGGGUUGUUGUUUCGGGAGCUGGAGGAGGUUUGGGACAUCUUGUCACCCAGAUAGCAGCAAAGGCUUUCGGGUAUCGCGUUGUCGGUAUCGAUCAGGGAAGUAAGGAAGAUGUUGUGAGGGAAAGCGGGGCAGAGAUAUUCAUUGAUGCUGCGACACCCGGCGAGGAAUUGGUCUCCCAGGUCAAGAAGCUCACCGACAACCUCGGCGCCAACGCGGUAGUUGUAUGUGCAUCCAGCAACGCAGCAUACUCUCAAGGCCUCGAACUUCUGAGGCCUGGAGGGACUCUGGUGGGCGUUGGAAUGCCUGGUGGAACACCCGUUGCUAUUGCAAGCGCCAUGCCUGGUCCUAUCGUUCAGAAACAGCUGAAGAUCGUUGGGUCGAUAUUAGGAAAUCGCCAGGAUGCGAUCGAUGUGCUGAACUUGGCAGCGAGGGGAGUCAUUACUGUGCACUAUCAGACGAGGAAGCUGAGUGAGUUGACGGAAGUCUUUAGGGAGAUGGAAAGUGGGAGGCUUGCGGGAAGGGCUGUUUUAGAUCUGCAGAGCUAA